AGCAUUGUACAAAUUGUAGAAAUAAUAUGUCUUUUUAACUCUGAUCAAUAGAAAAGUUAAUUAAAUAUAACAUAAAUGAUGUACAUACAUUUGUACAUACAUGCAUACAUAUGUGUACAUUUAGAAUAGCACACAUAUGUAUGCACCAAGAAUGCCGCGUGCAUUAAAUUGCGGCGUGAGUUUAAGCUGCUAUCUGCAGUAACGUCUCAAAUUUGGUAUCGUCUGCUGUAAGUGCUCAUAUGUUCAUAAGUGCUAAGAUAUUCUAUAAAUUAAUGUCGGCUGAAUACAAUUUUGUAAACUUAUCAAACAAAUGACUGUAGAAAAUAUCCGAAAGAAAUAUUAAUGCUGUAUUCAUACGUAUUUUGUGUUCGAUCACGUACGUGUUUCAAUAAAUAAUUGUUAAUUCUUCGCCGAAACUCCAACCCAUUGCAAAACUGGCUUGAUUCGAGGUGUUUUGCACUUUGUAUUAUGGAUGACGAACUCGAAGACAGGAUUUUGUAUCAGACAUAUGUGUCACACAUGAAGCUGGUAUCAAAGUUUGCAGUGGGUAUUCCCACUGGAUUAAACGCUGGGAUAAAUACUCCUUUGGGUUAUUUUUGGAGAAUCAUGAGGGCCUAUGCACUAAAACCAGAAGUAUUAAUUUGUGGAGCAGUGUUGGCAAUUAUUCUAUUUUACAUACAAGCAGUUGAUGUAUGGAGCCGUUCGUUACUAGGGAGAAUUCAAUAUACACUUGGCCGUACCACAUCAAAGGUAUCAAAACUACAGUUUUUAGUUAAUGAUUCUGUCAACAAUGGGGUAAAACUCAGUUGGGAGUUAAAACAAGGACACAUUGCUGCAUAUGCUGUUCAAGGCCACAGGCCUCGUAUGGAAGAUCGUUUUGUCAUAAAUGAAGAUAUGAAUAGUACAGGUGUAUCCUUGUUUGCUGUAUUUGAUGGACACGGCGGGGAGUUUGCAGCAAAUUAUGCAUAUGAUCACCUUAUCCCAAACAUUAAUGAAAAAGUGAUCAAAUUGAAAGAUAUGAUAGCUGGUAGACCACCACGUGGUCAAGCAACAGAAGAUCAAACAGAUCAAUUUGAGGAACAGCCAAAAGAAGAUAAAAACGAUGCAAAUCUCGAACGAAAAAAAUCUUUUCGAAAAACAGUCAGCACAUCUUUAACAGAUGAUUGCAUGAAGAAAAGUGUUGGUGUAACUGAUCCAGAAUUACUUGACAAAUUAGACAGCUUACAAAGACCAAUUACAAGAGAGAUAAGGCCUUGCAGGACAUCAGGGAAAGCACAGAAAGUAGAUAUUACAAAUUAUCUUGAUGGAAAUAAAAUUAACUAUGGCAGAUUGUUAACUGAUGAAGUGUUAGCGGUUGAUCGAUUGUUGGUUGAAGCAGCUAAGAAAAAUAUGGAUGUCGCUGGCACAACUGCCUUGAUCGCUCUUUUAGAAGGUAACAAGUUAAUUGUAGCAAAUGUUGGAGAUUCAAGGGGAGUAAUGUGCGAUGGGAAGGGGAAUGCAAUACCUUUAUCUUUCGACCAUAAACCUCAACAAGAAAGAGAACGGAGAAGGAUAAAUAAAGCAGGCGGUUUAGUAACAUUUAAUGGCGUGUGGAGAGUUGCUGGUAUAUUAGCCACAUCUCGAGCUUUAGGAGAUUAUCCACUGAAAGAUAAAAAAUUAGUAAUCGCUGAUCCCGAUAUUUUAACUUUUGAUCUUAGCGAUCACAAUCCAAUGUUUAUUGUAUUGGCAUCGGAUGGUUUAUGGGAUACUUUUACAAAUGAAGAAGCUGUGGCGUUCAUUAAAGAACGAAUAAAUGAACCACAUUACGGGGCUAAAAGUAUCACAUUACAAAGCUAUUACAGAGGUUCUGCAGACAAUAUUACCGUGGUUGUUAUAAAUUUAAAAGAUCGUAAAUUCGUAAUUUCGGAGGUCAAAAAAACUUAAUAAUGUUAUAGCUUUACAACGAAACUAGAAUCUUUUUCCAAAGAUAUACUAGUCAUUACAUUGUAUAUUUACAUGAAUACGAAUUAAGUUUAUGUAUUAUGAUCAAUAUUUUAUGCAAUCAUUGAAUCGAUA